GAGAUACAGAACGGGUUCACAUACGAAAAUGUUCCUGACCCCGCCCUCCACGCCACCACCCCUACAAGCCCAAAGCUCUGCACCCUACAUUGUCAUUCUUUUUUCCACUGCUGUGGACUCCUUGGGAGCUCCGAAAGGACGCAGACUCUGCUUCUCAGAUCUCCGUACCUCUGUACCCGCCGCAAUCAGGGACGUGGGCACUGGUUGGGUGGCCCUGGUGCCUGCUAUGAUGUCCUCUCUAAAAGCCUGGGACACGCUCUUGCUCCUGCUGUGUCUGCAGUAUAGCCUACCUGCACAAAGCACCUCCAGGAGGCAGUUCAUGGAACAGCAUCACCUAAGUUCAAACGAAGAGUUCAGUGCCUACAGCUGUGACGUCCUCAUGACAGAAAAGGCUCUGAGACCGAGGCUCUCACACCCGUUUGUUUAUAUGACAUGGUACAAAGUUGAACAUAUAUGCAUUAGUAGCAACUGGAAAGAUCGCUACAAAAAUUUAUAUGUUUGGGCACAGACCCCCAUUAAGGUCCUCAGGUGCCAGUGGGAGAACUUAAAAAGUAGAUAUACAGAGAGAAGGAGUUACAGCUAUGUUCAGUUCCACUGCAAUGCUGAUGGGUAUGUGGACAGCAUAGAGGACAUGAAGGUUCUAGAGCCCAUCUUCAUCUAGAAAGUCUCACCAGCUCUAGACGGUUUUGAAAGACCAGUGAGUAGUUCUCAAAUGUCAACCUCCCUCACACACCCUUAACUCACCCAUUGUGCCACCCAUCCCCACCCUUUACCCCCUACUGUCCACCUCCUGCUUACAACAGCAACUGUUACUUCUGCUUUGCAAUUGUAUGUCAGUGUUUUUUAAUCAUUUUGUUUCUCUGGUAUUACAGUUGUACUUUUAGGUUCUCCGUCUAAAAUAUCGUUCCUCCCUUGUCGUUCUCGUGACUCAGCUCUCUGUUCCUGUGACAAAGUGUUUGAGAGAAAGCAUUCAAGGGAGGCUUUAUAUGCCUCCCUUUCAGCCUGUAGUCUGCUGGCUCUGUUGUCCUGGGGAGGAGUGAGGCAGAGCAUUAUGGUGGGGAAAUGUGAAAGAGCCUCACUCCAUACAAGCUGGAAAGUAGGAAGAGAAGGAAGGGGAAGAGUGUGGAGACGAGAUGGUGGCUCCAGUGACUUCCCUACCCGAGCUGGGCCUCCAGAUCCACUCAGCUAUGAAUUCAUCCACAGUCAAAGUCAUUACAACCUCCAUGACCCAAGUGGCAGAUAAGCCUUCAAAACAGGAGCCCAUGGGAGGUCAUUGGACAGCCAGACCAUGGCAGCAUCUUCUCUUGAUUUAUCCAACAUUUUUCCAGAUAUCGUCUUUAUGUCUAUCCAAACCGAAUGAUCGUCCCUUCCACGAAUAAAUUGUUAUCCACUGUG